CUUGAGGAGGCAGCUGAUGCAACACUAGACGAAGAUAACAAGAGCAUCAAGUCAAAGCUGAAGGCUACAGGACCAGCUCAGAGGACGAAGAUUCAUCAUACUUCCGUAAAACAGAGUCAGACAGGAGUUUCUGCUUCUUUUAUUCCUGUAGAUACCUCGGUCCCAACAUGCCUGUCAUCAGAACCCUCAGCAAGGUGGCCCAGCAGGCCCUGCUCAGCACCCCGGGGUGUGGCUGCCAGCCCCUUACGGUGGCUGUGCGCAACAUCAGCUUCUCCCCUCGUCAGGUGACGUCUGACGCCAGCUUCCACUCUGUGUCCUUCUCUGAAACAGACCACCCCAAGGUUCUCAUUACAGGUGGACUUGGUCAGCUCGGAGUUGGACUUGCCAAAAUGUUGAGGAAGAGGUUUGGAAAGAACAACGUCAUCCUGUCUGACAUCAGAAAACCUCCAAGCAAUGUUUUCCACAGUGGCCCAUUCAUCUACUCGGACAUCCUGGACUACAAGAACCUGCGGGAAAUUGUUGUGAACAACCGCAUCACUUGGCUGGUUCACUACAGCGCCCUCCUCAGUGCUGUUGGAGAGGCGAACGUUUCCCUCGCUCGCUCUGUUAACAUCACCGGGCUUCACAACAUCUUGGACAUCGCGGCUGAGCACGGCCUGCGUCUCUUUGUCCCGAGCACCAUUGGCGCCUUCGGGCCAACUUCUCCUCGUAACCCUACGCCAGAUCUGUGCGUGCAGAGACCUCGCACCAUCUACGGUGUCUCCAAAGUCCACGCUGAGCUCAUGGGAGAGUACUACCACCACCGUUACGGCCUGGACUUCCGCUGCCUCCGCUACCCAGGAAUCAUCUCUGCAGACUCAAUGCCCGGAGGUGGAACGACAGACUAUGCAGUCCAGAUUUUCCACGAUGCCAUUAAAAGUGGCAAGUUUGAAUGCAACCUGAGACCAGACACACGGCUGCCGAUGAUGUACAUCGACGACUGUGUGCGCGCAACGCUGGAGGUGAUGGAGGCGCCGGCGGACACACUGAGCAUGAGGACCUACAACAUCAAUGCCAUGAGCUUCACCCCAGAGGAGCUGGCCCAGGAGCUUCAGAAACAGAUGCCCGAGCUGGAGGUUACUUAUGACGUCGACCACGUACGACAGGCUAUCGCUGACACUUGGCCAAUGGACUUCGAUGACUCUAACGCACGGAACGACUGGGGCUGGAAACACGACUACGACCUGCCAGAGCUCGUCCAGACGAUGCUCAAUUAUUUUGGUGUAGAAUCGCUCAUGGCGCGUGCUAGCUGAGGCUGCACAGAAUCAGUAUUGUUUGCUGAGCAUUCUUUGUACAUAGUGUAAAGACUGACCAAAGAGAAUAGAGAAACAUGGCCUGUACAUAGUCGUUCUCUUACUUCUCUGUAAACUCAGAAGGGCUCUGCUUGCCUGGCACAAGGCGUCCUGUCUCCAGAAUGUAAAGAUUGGUGCGGGCCUGACAAUCCUCCCCACACCUGUCUUAUCUACCCCUGCUUUUUUCCCCUUUUUUUUCUCAUUGGAGAUGUGGUGAAGAGUUCAGUAAAGGUUGUCAGCCGUAUCGGGGAUAACAUAGUUGGUGGAAAAGAUGACUUGCAUGCGCAAAAUGUUGCAAAUUUUUCUUAGCAAAAUGACUUCAACAAACGAAGAAUGUUGCAUUGUGAACUUUUCACCCAUUAUUACAUUGGAAAUCUGUCGGGGUUUCAUUUUCUGUAAUAAAAAUCUCCAAGGAUUUUCAGAAUGCAGGUAUUUGGGGCUGAAAGCCUCCAGGGGGUAAAAAAAAUAAAAAAUCAAGUUUCUUUGGCUAGAGGAGUGUACGAAUACACAAAUUGUGUCAUUUGAUGCACUGUAGACGCAUUCUAUCUUCAAAUGAGCCGAAUCACCUGCAGGGGCGAUUUCAGCAUCUGUAUUAGGAGCAGUGCGGAGCGAUAAUUCAUGAGAAUUGUUCUUCUGUUUAUUCCACGUUGUGUUAUUUAUUCUGUUUGUCCGUGUUAAACAAAUGGGAGCAUUAAGUUAGAGCAUUUCUUAACAAACUUUAUUUCUAAGUGUUCCUGUCCACUUUUAUUUUUUUAUUUUUUGGGAAUUUUUUUGACACAAAAGGGAAAUGUGACACUGUAUCCCACACAUUCUGUAUUUCAAUAUUUAGCAAAAGCUAUGCUGGAACUAGUUUCUAUACAAAAGUCUUGGCAGGAUCUGUCUAUUCUUUCUACCAAUCAUCAAGCUUUGGCAAUAAAAGCAUUUUCCUAAUA